UUUCUUAGUUUUGAGAUCAAAAUGGUGGCUGAACUUGAAAAAUCAAGUACGGACGUGGAAACCAAUGAACCACGCGGAGGCAUGCUAAAACCCGAUGAAAACUACUGCAGUGAAAAGGAAACUUCAACUUCGAUCGAGCUUGAAUUACAGUCGCCAGGCUUUGCUGUAAAAGUUGUUCCAAUUGCUGGAGAUGCUUUCGAUAUCCAGGUGAAUUUGACCGAGUUGGUACAGGAGUUGCACCAGGUGCUGAUGGACAGGGAGGAGUCCUGUCAGUUCACUUGCUUCUCCCUACAUCUCAACGGACAACACAUGGAUAACUUCUCAGAACUCAAGUCAUUCAAGGACCUCAAGCCGGGCGCCACCAUCCGAGUACGCCACGAGCCAUACAGUGUGCGUGAGGCAAGGGUGCACGUGCGUCAUGUGAGGGAUCUGAUGUGUGGGGGGUGUGAAGAGAUGACACAGCAAGAGAUGUACUCGGGAGAAAGAGGCUGCUCCGUCUCCGUCCUAGACCACAUAAUCCACGAGUCAGGCUCUCUCAUUAAACAAUCGUCAGAUUCCCAAACAAACCAGGCAACAUCGCCCAAAUUGAGCCAAAAAAGCAAUGCAGAGUGCUACCAAGCUCCUAACCAAGGCGAGACUACCGAGUCAACAAAAAUGUCUGCUGAUAUAACCCCAGGUCAGUUUAGUCCUGCCAACCAGCCUCUGCUGCCGAUGAUUCCGACGGAAUCUCAGUCUCAGAUCUCGAUUACGUGUCUCAGCGAACUGUCCAUGUCACACUGGAACCCAGUGCCCAACACUCGCAGGCUGAAGGGAGAUCUGCUCUAUCUGAAAGUGAAGACGUUGGAGGGGCUGGAAGUGGGAAUCACAGCUUGCACGCGAGGCUUCUAUCUCAACAGAAUCACAGAUGCCCACUUUGACUCUACGCCGUCAGAUGAUCCGAACAUGAGUUUAACAUUGGUGGAGCUGUUGUCCAAGAUUAGCCUGUCUUUCAAGAAGAACUUCCCACUUGCCCAGAAGAAGCGAGUGAGUCGCAAUGUUCUCACGCGAGUGCCUACGUCACUUCAACACUGGUCUUGGAUCGUGCCUCCCAGUGGCCAUGUGGCCGAUGGGCUCAAAGCAGAGGACAGCUGGCUCUACAGACUAGGCUACGAGGAACACAUUCUGGGACAGACGCGCGACUGGAACGAGGAGAUCCAGUCUAUCCGAGAGAUGAGCGGGAAGACGAAGAGCGAGCGACUUACGAGAGAGCGGGCAAUGUACAAGACGUACAGCGACUUCCUCUCGGCUGCUGUUCGGGGUGCAGUGUCCGUGGUGGACGGAAACAUGAUGCCUAUCAACCCGGGCGAGUGCCGCAACACUCACAUGUACAUCUACAACAACAUCUUCUUCUCACUCGGCUUCGACGUCAAGGAGCACUACUUGGAGUUAGGGGGAGAUGCGGCUGCUUAUGUGGCAUGCAACCAUGACCUGAAGGGAGUGAGGGCGAUUAGCGAGGCGGCGGUGCAGGCGGAGGGAAUGGAAGGGGCACUGUACACUCUGGGUACUGCCAUUGUGGACUACCGGGGAUACAGGGUGGCAUGCCAGACAAUCAUGCCAGGUGUUUUGGACAAGGAGCAAGAAGAAAGUGUUGUGCAUGGGUCGAUUGAUUUUGGUAAAAAGAUAGUCUCACACGAGGCAUAUGGACCGAAGCUAGAGAAGAUAGCCCACGAACUCAAGUCCAGGCCUCACAUCAUGUGUGGUGAAGCAGAAGCUAAUGAUGAUGCAUCAGGCCAAGGGGAAGGGGGAGCAAAGGAGCACCUGGUGCAUGUGUCCACGGAGUGCAAAGGCAUCAUUGGCAAUGACGGCAGACACUAUUUGCUGGACUUACUGCGUCUCUUUCCACCGGACGUUAACUUCAUGCCGGACUUGGAGGACGGAGAGGAACUAGAUGAGUCGGUGAAACAGAAGGGCUUCCCGCGCAAACACCCACACAAACUGCCGCAGCUGAGGUCAGAGCUAGUGGAGGCAUUUGUGGACAGUCGCUACUUGGCAUUUGUGAGUCAUGCCACCUCCAUGGUGCUCAAACAGAAGAACAACAGCAGCACUUGCCACACAAACUCCCCCUCAGCCCCAAUCACAGGAGACAACACAGACUCCUGUGAUAACAAGAAGAGUGAGAGUGAGAAUAGCGGGGAGGGGAAAGUUGACGUGAGCGACGAAGUGGACAUGGUGAGCUGUGAACAGUUGAGUGACCUCGAGAGACACGCACACUCUUUGUCCAACAGCAGCAACAUCAGGGAGGGAACCACAAAGUCUACUCUUGCAGAACUGGUGAAGAAUAUUGAGAGCAGUAGCAGUGCUGCUGUCGAAACAAAGGGGACAGAAGAGGGAAAGGAAGGGGAAGGGGACAGGGUGCUGUUGAAUGAGAGCCAGAGGGAGAUUGUGCGGCUGUCGGCCGAGGUGGCUGGAUCCCUCAGUCCAGACAAAUUCGACAUCUCCUUCAACCUUGAUGCAUUCUCCCCAAACGUGUCCUCUCGAAUUCCGCAGCAUUUUCGGAGGAGAUUGGAGGAAGAGAGGGUGGUUAUCAAGGACGCGUGCAAGUUUCUACUCAACUUCAUGAUUCCCUCCUUCGUCAAGGAUUGCAUGCAGGACAUAUCCAAUGUGCCGGUGGACUCAAUGCAGCUGACAGACGCUUUACACUCGCGUGGCAUUAAUAUGCGCUAUCUUUCGCACAUAGUGACUGUAUGUGAGACGCAGAAGGAGAAACACGACUCCCAAAUGCCCAACGAGGAUUCCAUCAUUGCCAGUCUGGACCUGCUGCAGAGAGUGGUAGCCAUGGAGCUGUUGUGCAGAAGCGCUAAGCACGUGUUCAAGCGUUACAUGCAGAGCGUGCAAUCGCACUUUCUCUCGGACGGAGUGGCGCUCUUUUUGAAUUGUCUAGUGGGAGCCUACAAGGAGCCCAAGCUGCUAGUGCUGGCCGAGGAGGAGGAAUAUUCUAGAAUCCUGUUCAAAUCUAACCAUCAGACCACAAACAACAACACACUCUUCGGACAACAGCAGAACAAAAAAAACAAGAAGAAGAAAUCAAGUCAGCGACACGUGAGUGGGGCUGCUUCUUCCUCGUCAUUGCUCCCUUCUCCGCUGCAGGAACAUGUCCAUGCUCCUCCCCUCUACUCCUCUGCUGUGGGGGGCAUGACUGGUAUUGGGUCGUGGAUGCACUUGUCCCCCACUCAGCUGUGGAGACAGAUCAAGACAGAUUUGAAGGACUACUUUUACUUCCAACUCAGGGGUGAUUGUAUUGAGGAGGUGUGUGGGCAGUAUGGUGUGCUGCAGUGUUCCCUGUUGCGCACCCUCUGCUCCAAAGUGGGAGUGCAGCUGAAGCUGAGGAACUACGACUUCCUCUCAACAAUUUCGCCCACUUUCCGUUCCUCAGAUAUACUCAAUCUGUUUCCCAUUGUCAAACAUGUGCUGCCCAAAGCCAACGAAGGCUUGAAGCUCCUCAACAAGGGACAACACUGCAUACAACAAGGUCUGUUGCGUCCGGGCUGUGAGUUGAUCACGGAGUCGCUGCAUCUGUUGAACCACGUGUACGGUCCCAUCCACAGUGAGAUUGCAUUGUGUCUGAAACUGCUAGCCCAUCUGAACUACAUCCUGGGAGACCCUUUGGAGGCCAUCUCACAUCAACACAAGGCCAUCAUGAUGUACGAGCGGUGUGGUGGAUACGACUGCAUGCAGACCACCUCUGAGUACCUACGUAUGGCGCUCUACUGCUUCUGCUCCGAACAGCCCCACAGUGCCCUUUAUCUGCUGCACAGAGCCAGAUACCUGAUGUGUGUGGCCACUGGAGAAGAUCACCCCGAAGUGGCCACGGUGGACACUAACAUAGGUCUGGUGCUGCACUCGCUGCAGAAGUUCGACCAGGCGCUCCUCUUCCUCCACAAUGCGCUGACUCUGAACGAGACACACUGUGGCGCCAUGUCCCUUAAGACUGCCCUGUCACACCACCUGAAGGCGUGUGUGGCCUCCUGCCAAGGAGACUUCCGAUCCGCUCUGCAGUACGAGAAGGAGGCAUUCAACAUCUACAAAACGGAGCUGGGAGAGGAGAAUGAGAAGACGCGGGAGAGUAGUGAGCUAUUGAAGCACUUGACGAGUCAGGCGGUGGCACUGCAGCGCAAGAUCAACCAGUUUUCCAAGAGUGCCUCUGCCUCCCUGGCCAAUGCAGCACUUCCCGCACUCUUCAUCACCCAGCCGACUCACAAGGGAGUGCUGGAGAUGCUCAACGUCAUCAAUGGGUUCUUCUUCUUCCACCUCAAGAAAGAGGAUAGCGAAGAUGAGAUAUUAUCAGAAGUGUCAAAGGGUGGCAAAAGUGGCGCACGCAGGACAAGUUGUGACAAAAAGCAGAAAUCGACAGCACCAUCUUCGUCAGGCAGAAAGAACUCGUCUGAAAACAGCAGUCAAUUGAGUGCUAACUGUAAGACGGCCCAAGUGGUAGUGGAGCACAGUCAGGACAAUGGUGAUGCAGGACAUCAGACGCUGCCAUGGACCAAAUCGGGGGACGGCUGCGGCGGCGUGUCAUCGGACGACCAGAUUCACCAUAAGAGUGACAAUGUCAUCACAACAGAAGCAGAAGUCAGCACUAGCAGUGGGGGUGGGGAUAGGACCAUGAGCAGCAGCAGGGGCAGUAAUGUCAGUGAGAGCCGGAAGGAAACGGAGGAUCAUUGCAGUAGUGGGGGAGAUCACGACUCCUCUAGUGGAGAACACCAUGUGACAGCGGAGCCACUGGAUUGACGCCAAAACUGCAUCCACAACAGAUCGUUUAAGAGUGGACUUGCCGCUAUUUACCGGUGAUGCAGCUGAAGGUGGCCACCACUCACAGGCACGCUCAGAGUCUUUCUCUCGUCCUCACCUGUCACCUGCCUACACUCUUAGCUACAGUUUCUCAGGCCAAAACUUCAGAAUAAGACUUAACCCACUUUAUUAUAUCUUUGAUUCUCUUCUAUCUCAAACUUGUAUUCUUGCCGCUCUUUCUUCAUAUUCUCUGCUAUUUUUUAAAUGCGUGUAUUUGCAUUAGCUAGUCCUAAUUCGACUUUGUUCAAACGAGACGCGAUUGAAUCAUGGCUCUAAUCGGUUCUCAAAAUAACCACAAAUAAGUGUUAACAAGAUAAAAAUUGAACAAGGACUAAUUUUUGAUGCACUAUUGGUGGUGAAAUUAGUCUCCUUCUCAGAUAUGAAAGAGUCAAGUCAGGUAUCGGAGCCUUGGUAACCAAUCAACAACCACGAAGAGGGAACAUGUUAUAUAUUUGUAUGCAUAUUCUUAUAUUUUCCUUCAUCCAUGGUGCUGUUGAGAGCACAGUUUGUAAUCUAGAACUGUUUCUUUGUAAUAUAUUGGACUCAAUAUAACACAUUAAUAUAUAUUUUGAUAUUUUCUAGUCGUGCAUUUUAACUAAUACUGCCUUAAUAUGUGCUAUUAACAGAACGAACUGGCUCCAAAUGUGGCGCCUUAUUAUGGCUCCAAUUGCGAAUUUAAGUAAUUUUUGGAUGCCAGACUGGUUCCUGAUACUCAAUCUAUUCAAUGGACCAGUUCCAUACAUCUACAAAAUGGAGAUUUCUAUCUGAAAAAAAAACAUUAAAAUACUGCCAGAAAGGUUAUCAAAAGAUAAUGUAUGGGGCUGAUCAUUUAUUGUUGCUCUACAAUAUUUGAAAUUGGUUGUAUGGAAACAAAAUAGCUUCCUUUUAUCGCCCGAUUGUAUAUCGAGGCCAAAUGAAGUGGAUAUGCAUGGUAUUGCAUACCACGACAUAUAUAAGUGUCAAACACAUUGAAUUUAACAUUCACAGCUAAUCAGGGUUGCGGAGAAAUUGAUAGGUUGACGGGAACAUUGUUCUAAAAAACCAAUCGCCUUUACAAUCUUUUGCGUAA